GGGUACAUAUACGAGCAUGUCCAGUGCAUAUAUAAGCUCGUUCUGGCACUCUCAGCUCAGUUUACAAAGGUACUGAUCUCGGAGACCAGUUCGUUGGAGGCUGUCAAAUGUAUUACUUGUGCCUGAUUCUGUGGGUCACUUCGGUGGCCUGCCAAAGCUCUGAGGAGAUCUACCAGAUCCUAUCCAAGAGCCACACCAACCAGAACAUCAUCAUCUCGCCGGUUUCAAUAGAGACCAUCCUAAGCAUGGUUUACAUGGGAGCUGGAGGAACGACAGCCCAAGAGUUGCAGACAGUUCUGAAACUGCCUUCCGGGGACAAGCAAGCGGUGGCCACCAAAUAUAAGGAACUCCUCAACCGGAUUCAAGGGCAGGACCAGGGGCCCACAUUAAAUCUGGCCAACCGCAUCUACAUUAAUGAUCAGUUAAGCCUGCUACCGGAUUACAAUCAGGCUGUGAGAGAGCCCUUCAAGGCCGAGGCAGAGUCCAUUAGUCUGGCCAAUGGCCCGGCGGCGGCUGAGGGAAUCAACAAAUGGGUACUUGACCACACCAGUGGUAAGAUCACGGACAUGAUUGAUCCCGGCAGCAUGACGGCCGAUGUCAAGGCCUUGCUGGUAAACGCCAUCUACUUCAAGGGCCAGUGGGAGUCCAAGUUUAACGCAUCCAAAACCAGAUCCGACACCUUCCAAGUAACCGCCGAAAAGAGUGUUCCCGUCCAGAUGAUGGUCCAGACGGGGAACUUUAAGGCAAGCUACUUCAAAGACAUAGAAGCGCAAGUAAUAGAACUGCCGUACCUGAACUCCAAACUGUCCAUGACAAUCUUCCUGCCCCGAGAAGUUGGUGGCCUGAGCGCUCUGGAGGAGAAGAUCGUUGGCUUUAACAGGACGCUGGUGGCCAGGGAGGUGUUUCUAAAGCUGCCCAGGUUCAAAAUCGAGUUUCAUGACGAUCUUAAGGAAACCUUAGAGAAGUUGGGCAUCCGAGAGCUUUUCACCGACGACUCAGACUUAAGCGGCUUGUUCUCCGAUAAGUCAGGCGGAAAAGUCAGCCAAGUCUCGCACAAGGCGUUCCUGGAGGUGAACGAGGAGGGAGCAGAGGCCGCCGCUGCCACAUCCGUAACUGUCACGAAUCGAGCGGGCUUCUCCAUGUACAUCGCCGCGGAUCAUCCCUUCGCCUUCGUUAUUCGCGAUGCGAACAACAUAUAUUUCCAGGGCCGUGUCAUUAGCCCCUAAAUAAAAGGCAAUUUAAAUGGAAA